AUGCCAUCCUGGCAGGAAAUUGCCGCUGAACGGCAAGCCCACCGAGAGAGCACCAUCGAAGCCCUCGCAAAAUUGCCCGAUCCAAUCAUAACCCCAGACUUCGGCGAUCCUUCCAAAUUACCUCUGAACGUCUACAAAACAUGCCAGUACUAUCUAACGCCGCGAGAGAUCGAAAUUACCGAGGCAAAUCCUAUCAUUAUACUCGCACAAUUGGCGAAUAGCACGAUUUCCGCCGUUGAUGUUACUCGGGCAUUCUUAAAACGCGCUGCUAUUGCCCAAAAACUCACGAAUUGUACCACAGAACUCCUCCCCUCGGUCGCUCUGGCCCGCGCCGCAGAACUAGACGCCCACCUAAAAACCCAUAGAAAGCCAGUCGGUCCCCUCCAUGGCCUUCCAAUCUCCAUAAAGGAGCACUUGGGCCUCAAAGGCCACGAUCUAAACGCCGGUUUCUGCGGCUGGGUCGGAAACACCGCUUUCGAAACGGCGGAUAUACUAAGACCGUUAUAUGAUGCGGGUUGUAUCUUCUAUGUUCGAACAACCCAGCCACAAACGUUGAUGCAUUUGGAGACUUCAAAUAAUCUUUAUGGAGUCACGGUUAAUGGAUUUAACAGGAAUUUGUCGAGUGGAGGCAGUAGUGGUGGUGAAGGGGCGUUGAUUGGGUUGAGGGGAAGUUGUUUGGGAGUUGGAACGGAUAUUGGGGGGAGUAUUAGGAGCCCUGCUGCUAAUAACGGGGUUUAUGGACUGAGGCCGACAAGUUAUCGACUGCCAAUGGGCAGUCAAUCCGCAACAAUGCAAGGCGAGGAACAUAUCGUCCCGGUCGUGGGCCCCCUUUCUACUCACCUUCCUGCCCUUUCGCUCUUCAUGUCCGUAGCUAUUGGUUCGAAACCUUGGCUUUCGGACCCAAUGCUGGUACCCCUGCCUUGGCGCGAAGAAUCGCAUUUCCCACUUAAUGCUGUUACAGGCAGGAUGAAGAAAAUGAAAAUAGGUGUUAUGAGGUGGGAUGGUGUUGUGAUGCCGCACCCACCGAUACUCAGGGCCAUCGAUGAGGUUGUGAAGAAGCUGCGGGCUUGGAAGGAUGAGUUUGAAAUUGUGGAGUGGAAGGAGACGAACGCGGCACAGGCUUGGGAUAUUAUUUCUGCAUUAUACUUCGCGGAUGGCGGAAAAGAAGAACGGGCAGCAAUGGCAGAAACAAACGAACCAGUCCUCCCAUUAUCAGAAUGGAUUCUAACGCAACCAAAAGUUCCAAAGCCUCCAGGACACUCUAUGAAUGACCUUUGGGGAUUAACGCUCGAGCGGGACGACUUUAGAAGAGAUUUCGUGGCAAGAUGGAACGAAAGCGGGAUCGAUGUUUUGUUAUGCCCUGUCGGCCCCGGUGUAGCCCCGAGACUGAAUACGGCGAAGUAUUGGGGUUAUACUAGUUUGUGGAAUUUGGUGGAUUAUCCGGCAGUUGUAUUUCCGGUGGGGAAAGUUGGGAAAGAGGACGAAGGGAAAUGGGAUUACGCGGGUGGGAAGGGGGCGGGAGAAAAGGAUAGGCGGAAUAUGGAGCUUUGGGAUCCGGAAUAUUAUAAAGAAGCACCUAUUAGCUUACAGUUAGUGGGAAGGAGGUUCGACGAUGAGAAGAUUCUCGAGGCAUUGAAUAUUAUAGAGGGUAAAGUCGGAUUGCCAUUUAUUGAUCCUACGCAAUAG